AUGGACUCCAUCUCUAUGAUGGGAGGCAGCAGCAGCCCAAUCCUCACCAUGGCCUCGUCCUCCUCCCACCGCCAAUCCCACCAGCAGGCUUCGUUCCUCUGCAACGGCUUGAAGAACGGAUCCGGAGACAUGGGAGUCUUUGGAGGGACAUCUGCUACCUCCACUUACUCCACAUUUGCUACCCCCGCUGUUCCCGCCAAGCCCACGGUGGCCAUUUUGGGCUCAGGUGAUUUCUCCAAGUGCCUGACCAUCCGCCUGCUCUACUGUGGCUUCCACGUGGUGGUGGGGAGCCGCCAGCCCAGGCACGCUGCCCAGCUCUUCCCCCACGUUGUGGAUGUGACGCACCACGAGGACGCUGUGAGCAAGGCAGGAAUCGUGUUCAUGGCUAUACGCCGAGAGCACUACCCAGUCCUGUGGGACCUCAAACACCUGUUGGAAGGGAAGAUCCUUGUGGAUGUGAGCAAUAACAGGAGGGUGAACCAGUACCCAGAGUCUAAUGCUGAGUACCUGGCCUCCCUACUACCUGGUUCUGUAGUAGUCAAAGGCUUCAAUGUCAUAUCAGCCUGGGCCAUGCAACAGACCUGCCCUAAAGAUGCCAGCAGACAGGUGUUCAUCUGCAGUAACUCCAUGGAGGCCCGUCAGCAGGUCAUGGAGCUUGCCCGCCAACUCAACUUCGUGCCCGUAGACAUGGGGCCCUUGUUGUCUUCGCGGGACAUCGAGAACAUGCCUGUGCGUCUGUUCCCUGCGUGGAGGGGCCCUGUCCUGGUGGCUGUGGCCCUUUCCAUCUUCUUUUUUGCCUACGCUUUUGUCCGGGACAUAAUCUACCCAUACGUGAAGCAUAAGCAGAGUGACUUCUACAAGAUCCCUGUGGAGAUGGUGAACCGGACUCUGCCCACUGUGGCUAUCACACUGCUGGCCUUGGUCUACCUGGCUGGCCAGCUUGCUGCCACGCACCAGCUUUACCACGGGACCAAGUACAGGCGUUUCCCCCACUGGCUGGAGGGAUGGCUGCAGAGCCGCAAGCAGCUGGGACUGCUCAGCUUCUUCAUGGCCUGCGUGCAUGUCCUCUACAGCCUCUGUCUUCCCAUGAGGAGGUCAGAGAGGUAUCUGCUCCUCAACAUGGCCUACCAGCAGAUCCAUGCCAACGUGGAGAACUCGUGGAAUGAAGAGGAGGUGUGGAGAGCGGAGAUGUACGUCUCCUUUGGGAUCAUGAGUCUUGGACUCCUUGCCCUCCUGGCUGUCACCUCCAUCCCCUCCGUCCACAGCGCCCUCAACUGGAGGGAGUUCAGCUUCAUACAGUCCACACUAGGCUACAUCGCACUGCUCAUCGCCACAUUUCACGCCCUGCUGUUUGGCUGGAAGCGUGCCUUUGAGGAGGAGGCUUACCGCUUCUACUUGCCCCCCAGCUUCGUAGUGGCCCUGGUCCUGCCCGUGUGUGUAAUCCUGGGCAAAUUGUUCCUGCUUCUCCCCUGUGUGGCCCGCAAGCUCCACCAGAUACGCCGGGGCUGUGAGAAUGGCCGCUACCAUUCCCAGCGCCUCGACCCGGUGGGCUCGGCAGCACACAUCUCACCGGAGAGAGUCACCAUCAUGUGA